AUGGCUACCAACAUUACUUGGCACGAAGGCAGUGUUUCUCUAGAAGAACGUCAAUCUCUUUUAAAGCAAAAGGGUUUCACCAUUUGGUUCACUGGUCUUUCUGCCUCUGGUAAGUCUACUUUGGCCACUGCUUUAGAACAAACAUUGCUUCAUUCCGGUAUCAACUCUUACCGUCUGGACGGUGAUAACAUUCGUUUCGGUUUGAACAAGAAUUUGGGUUUCGGUCCUGAGGACCGUACCGAAAAUAUCCGUCGUAUUUCUGAAGUUGCUAAAUUGUUUGCUGAUGCUACUGUUGUGGCUCUUACUGCUUUUAUCAGUCCUUACCGAGCUGAUCGUGACUCUGCUAGAGCUCUUCAUCAAGCUGCUAAUAUUCCUUUCAUUGAAGUCUUUGCUGAUGCACCUUUGGAAGUUGUUGAACAACGUGACCCCAAGGGUCUCUACAAGAAGGCUAAGGCUGGUGAAAUCAAGGAAUUCACAGGUAUCUCUGCUCCUUAUGAAGCUCCUGAAAACCCUGAAGUCCAUGUCAAGACAAACGAAGUGACCAUUGAACAAGGUGUUCAACAAAUCUUGGAUUAUCUCGUCAGCAACAACCUUAUUUCCGCAGACCAAAUUAUCAAGAAGUAUUAA